CUCUUCGCAUGUCUUAAAGUUGAGGUAAAUCAUCCAAUAAAAUACAUUCUUACAGAAAAUCGUUCACAAACAUAAAUCAUGUUUUCAUUUAAAAUAUUUCUAAUUAUGGGGAUAACAUUUCAGUGUCGUCUUGAAACUGCAAGCGACAUUGCUGGUGGAACAUUGCUUUCCUUGAGAGAACGUAUCAACUUAUACCCACCAAGGACAAAUCGACCUGUAGCUAUCAUCCAAGAGCUUCCUGAAAACUCAUGCCCGUAUCGGCCAGAGGAUGCAAAACAACUGCUAAAUUCAAUUGAUAGAAUCGUAAAUUCAUUUUACUUGAAUAACUAUAAAAAAAUUGACAUGCUGCAUGAUGCUGGAAUUGGGCUUGGCGUUUUAAAGGGUCAGGUCAACUACUUAUUGGGAAGAAGGGAAGAUAAAUUAUCCAAUAAUCUAAAAUAUUUUCUUGGGCGGUUGCAUGAAACGGCUGGCAUAAUUGCCUUAAGUAUCUUAGACCAAUUCAUUGAAGAAAACACGGAUAAUGAGAUGAAACUUGGAGCUAAAGUGAUAAGAAACCACAGUCAUAUUUUAAAAGCUAGAUUCAGAGACUGGAUUGAUUUCACCAGAAUUAAAAAAUACUUCCCACAGUUUGAGAAUAUUGGUGAUGAAAAGGAUCAAGUUUUCAAUAAUACGUUGAAUUUCGACUGCCUUGUAUCAUUGGUCAAAAACUGCAGUAUUCCUCUUCAUUGUAAAGAAAUGUAUCUCUCCAGAAUUUACUCUCAGAAUAUGCUUAUUCGCCAAAUAUUGUAUCAGCAAUUCGCAGAAAGGCGGUCCUGUAUUACCAUUAAUAAGGAUGCAUUUGGAAAUGCUCAAGACUUCCGGGAUCGAUUAUGUGCAAAGGCUUAUUUGGAAGCAGAAUUUCUUGAGAAGCAUGAUUUUCCCACGAGAUACAUUGACCUCUUUGCUGAGCAAGUCGGAUUUUGUGGUCUUUCGGGCUACCCAAACUUCAUGAAAAGUGACUGGCUUCGAGAAAUUUUGUCAUGGCAGGCGCCUUCCAAAAGUGGAUGUAUCACAAAUCUAUACGGCGAUUGGAGGACGGACGAUGAUGCCGUGGUGUUUGCUGACGUGGGGGUCACAGGCGGCAAAAGUGACAAUGACAGUGAACCUGAACCCUGUCUUAUCCACCUCACGUCGUCGACUCUGUCGGCACUUUCGGUUAAUCUGCGUUAUAUGGCAGAUAAUUGUUCCCCAAACAUUUUCGAUGAUCGUUUUGUUCAAUAGUGUUCCCAACCUACGUGACAUUCAGUUUAAUAUUUAAUUAUUUUAUUUUAUAGCAAUUUUAUAAUUUUUUAUACGAUGUGUGUAUUAUGGCUUUCAUUAAAUACGACCUGCCAAUAAAAUCAAUUUGCGCAAUUCAAA